AUGCAAUUGCAGCCAACUACUACUACAGCAAUGACCACCACCAUAAAUGAAGCUAAUCAUUAUGUGGAUCCAGCAGCAUUCCCGGCGACUGCUCAAUUUUCUACUACCUAUACCGCUACAUACACAACACAAAUAACCGGGACAAUAACACCAACACAUCCGCCACCAGCACAUACUGCUAUCACACAUGGUGCUGCGCCGGUCGCUGCUCCAUUUAAUGCUCAAUAUACUAUUGCCAAAUUGGAUAUUCAUCAAACUAACACUACUGCUACUCCAAAUGAUAUCAAGUCACGUGAAUUAUACCAAGAAGCUCCCGCGAACUUUGAUCCCUAUGCAAAUGCCACAUUAUCCGUGAAUUUCGAUUCCUCUUGUUCACGAACGAAUUCGAAUUCGAAUUCUGUACAGCGGUCACAACGAAGUGAAAAACCUAUAGUGUCACGCCCUGUUUCAGGCCGACGAGAUUGGAGAUCGGGUUACAAGCCAAUUGACACACUAAUAGCAGAUAUUCGAAUACAGUAUCCUGGUCAGGAACAACAUAUGAGCUGGAUACCUUUUGAUGAAUUUGAAGGGCAUCGUUUUGUUGCUCGUGGUGGAUACUCUUCUAUCUAUCAAGCAACAUGGUUAAAGACCGGUCAACGUAUCGCUCUUAAAUCGCUUAGCGAUUCAGGUGAUAUCAGUCAAGACUUUUUAGAUCAUUUAAAACGACAUUGGGGACACUAUACCCAAUCAGAAUGUUUACGUAUUCACGGAAUAACACAAUUACCGGAGAGUGGUGAAUUCAUGCUAGUCAUGCAAUACGUAGUAUAUGGUAACCUCCUAAUCUAUCUUCAACGAAACAGAUUAGCAGGAUGGAAAGACAAAGUUCAAAUUGUUAAAAUGAUUGCACGGAGCAUGGCCGAAAUACAUAAACGAGGUUUAAUACACGGAGAUAUUCAUCCGGGUAAUAUAAUGAACCUUGAUGGUCAACGAUUCGUGAUUAGUGAUCUAGGUACAACAGGUCCAUCGAAUCGAGUAGCACAACUAAUGACCAAAUGCUGGGAAGCUAAUCCUCGUAAUCGACCUGAUGCACAAGAAGUACUACAAUUUAUUUUCCGAUGGUUGGUGAAUGAUCGUGUUGAUGAAGUGAAAAAAGGUAGCGCGACAAGAUCACUGAACCCUACAAAUGAUCGUGUCCAUCCAGAGGCUGUGUAUCAUAGUCGAUCGUUAGAAUUCCCGAAUUUGAGAUUGCAUGGUAGAAAACCUGUUUCUUCUGUCCUUAUGCCACGAUCGAAUCAAGUUUAUGAAGCUAUAACUCCAGAUGAUCGAAAAAGCAACUACCUUGGUUUACCAAAUGAUAUUUAUAGUGAAUUUUUCCACCAGAAGAUGCCAGCUGAACAAGCACAACAAAUGGCUAAAUUGGCAGCUAGUGCUCCGCCUGCUGUUCGAAAGCAAAUGAUGAGUAUUUAUAUAACAGAUGAUGAAAUAUCCACUAUUACAGCUUUCUGGGCAAGUGACGCCCCACCAAUGCCAACUGAUACUCUUGUUCAAUAA